GCACGUACCUCGCGCGCUCGACGGAAACGCGCAGCGCUGGCCAAGACAACACACAAGAGACGCGAAACAGAGUGACAAGAGUGAAGAUUCCCGGUGGUUCUGUGCAGUGUUGUGGUUUCGUGAAGAGACAACAAAACGCGUGGCGGUCGACCAUCAUCCCCAUAUCUCGGAUACGCACGCCCGUGUACCGCCGGCAGUUUGAACUUGAACUCUCGUGUGCGCGCGUACAUUCCGCGGAGUGCGUCACGGAGGAAUUAAAAAAGCAAAGCAACCCGCGGUCGCCGUCUGGCACGUUUCGGUUGACUGGCAAUCGUGUCGCGGGCUACUACGAGCUUGCGAGUUUCAGUUUUUGGUGUACUGAGCGAUCGAGAGUGCGGUGCACGGUCGUUGUUUUAGUUGUCUUCGAAGACGACGGCAAAGAAUUCGGUCGUAACAAGCCAGCACCCCGCGUGCUGUGCCUCCACUUUCUAUCGUGCAUUCGUGCGUGCGUGCGUUCGUGCUAUUCGGUGAGAUUAGCCUUAACGUUUUUGGUGGGCCCUGCGGCUUGCGUAGAGAUUUCGAAACGAACGCGCCUCCUUCGACCGUGAGAAACGAGCUAGACGAAGAAGAGCUCUCCGUGUGCCGCUUGUGGGGUGUUUGGCGUGAAAAAUUGGAUUUUCGUCGUUCUCUUCUUGCUGUUCUCGACUCGCGCGCGCACCCCCCACCCCGAUGGUGGUGCUGGUGGUUAGUGAUUUCUCUUUCGUCGUUCUUGUAAAGCUGAUCAUUCACGCGACGCGACUGUGACGACGACGGUGAAGAAGGGGCUCCCUCGCGUCUAAUCUUCCGCGCGGCCCAGCAUCACCCAUCCGAGAUCGCCUUCUCGAGAUCGUUGCUGACGAGCGUGAAGCAGAAAGAAGAGGAAGAAGAAGCAGAAAAGGCAGAAUAAGAGAAGGCGGAAAGCGUGAAAGCGAAUGGAAGGGAAUUAAAGAGGAGAGGCACAAGAAAGAAAGAAAGAAAAGAGAACCCGCAAGGGAAGAACCAAAAAGAACGACGUCGAUCGACCACGACCACGACGUCCGACGUAAAAGGAAAACACGCCAAGUUGGAUCCGUGGAGGAGGAGCAGUGGGGGGAAGGUAUCGCAACAUCCUCAUCACAGACACACACUCGUACACACGUGCACGCACGUUUACUUUGUGCGCCGUGUGCUGACCGUUUGCGUGAAGUGUGGGUGCCCGAAAAAACGGAGGAAAACGACGCGCGGUGCAAAUGAUUUAUGGUGCUCUCGGUGCGUAACGCCAGCGGUUCUACAAUCAUACACCGCACUGUAGCCCGUGGGUCACAGUGCGUGCGAUACAACAAGUACAGUGCUGGUGCAACAGGGAGGAUCUGGUGUGCCUUCUUUCUACAAGAUCUGAAACGGCGAUCCUGCCAAAGAAGGAAGGAAAACACGAAACGUGAAACCGGAAAACGCACUGCCCACAGUGCUGCCAGAGUGUGCGAGAGAGAGAGAGAGAGAGAGAGAGGGAGAAAGAGAGCAGUGUAUCUGGUGUGUAAGUGAGAAGGCUCUCGGAAAGGAUGCAAAAGAAGGAGUGUGGUGCGGUGGUUACUUCGAUCGAAGAAUAAUCAUCCUGCCGCUACGCUACGGGAAAACGCGUCCGCGCUCGCGCUCCCACUGGUGUAUGUGUGCUGCUGUGUACGUGUACCCCUCUGUGUGUGUGUGCGUGCGUUUUCGAUCGAGUAGUCCUCAACGUCGUCCUGCGGGAGAGAUGAAUGGUUGCUGUUGUUGUUGAUGCUCGUGGCGACGACGAGCACGGAAACCCCCCGCUGCUGGGGGUGGGUGUUACGCGUGGAAAUAAGUGGUGUCUGUGCUCGAGUGCAUGAGUGUGUACGCGAACGGAGAGCCUAAAGCGGGGGUCGUAAAAAAAGAAAAUGGUCGAAAAUAUUUGAGUGUGUAUUACCUCCUCCACCGCGCAGGUACGAGGGUGCGAUUGUGUGGCAGAAGCGGCAAGACGGGGGAAAUUACAUCAAGUGAUUACCAACGGCAGCAGGGGCCGGUCUGGCAGGCGUGCUGGGUGCGUGCAAGCAUAAGCAAAGCAUAUAAUAUUACGGCCACAGAGUAGAGCGUGAAGAAGAAGAAGAAGCGCGAUGGCAGCAGCAGUAGCCUAAAGGAAUGCCUUGCUGCACAGCAGGCUCUGAUAUCUGGUGUUUUGGUGUCGGUGGUGCUCUUCUUUGGUGUCCGUGGUACCCGUGUUGUGUGUCGUGUGCGCGUUAUCUCAUCCGGCGUCGGUGAAGGAAACAGAUUAGAGAAUUAUCAACAACACCACAACAACAACAACAACAACGAAAAGUGCGUUGGCGAAAAUUAAUCUCAUUCCAAACAUCCAUACGUGCGAGCGUGCGUGCGCGUGUGUGCCGGGUAAUUUAUCGUUCCCCGUCGGCGCCGGGUUUUUGAUUUUUAUUGCCAACCGAGCAGAAACCGGAAAAGUGAAACGCAUAAAUCUUGGCACCGGCGGUACCGUGCAACAAACCAUAGCCUGCUGGAAUCACACACAUCUGGGGACCCCCAGCGUUCGAUUUCGAACUGGAACUUUAUGCCGCGCAGCGAUUCGCGUUCGAUUUGUGCGGUCGUCGACUACUAAUCUGUGGCGCGAUGUGCGUGCGUUGCGCAUGGUGAGCAGGUCAGCUUGUGCCAGCCCAGGAAAAAAGUGUCAACAAAGCGAAGCGAGAGAAGAAACAUUUCGGGGUGGUUCGACAGUCAAUUUCGGUGCAGAAAAGAGAGAGACACACAGUGUUCCCCGUUCCGACCACCACUGCCAAGGCGGACGGCAGGAAAACAGAUGCUGGCAAGAUGAAACGACGAAAUUUACAUCACAGUGGAAGUGGCAGCAGCAGCAGCAGCAGCAGGCACGGCUCCUUCGAUCACAGCAAAAUGCGAUCGAAAGGCAGCAGCAGCGGCAGUAACAGUGACAGUAGCAGCAGUGCGUGCGGUGCGAGAUGUAGAACAACAAAUACCGGUCGACGGUGGUGGCGACGACCAACAACGACAGUGGCAGCACUCCGGCAUCGUAGCAGUAGUAGUAAAACUAGCAGUAGUCAUAGCAACCACCACCAGCCGGAGCAGCAACAGCAAACUGCCGGCAACAGUAGCCUAACGACAAAGCGCCGACGGUACCGGAACGUUAGUGCCCGGUUACGGUGCUGCCUGCCCGGCAUCGGUAGCAGUUCGACGCUGACGAUCGCGCUUGUGAUCGCGGUCCAGCUGCUCGCCCUGCAACCGACCGUGCUGCACUGUGCCAAAACGUUCUACAUGCACUGGAACACGACGAACAGUAUCUUCCGGAUCGACAACACGGAUCACAUCAUCGACGUGAACAAGGGCAACGCACAGUUCGAGUACGAUCAGGUGCAUAUCAUCUGCCCGGUGUACGAGCCGGGUACGUUCGACAACGAGACGGAAAAGUACAUCAUCUACAACGUGUCGAAGGUGGAGUACGAGACGUGCCGGAUUACGAACCACGAUCCGCGCAUCAUCGCGAUCUGCGACAAACCGAACAAGCUGAUGUUCUUCACCAUCACCUUCCGACCGUUCACACCGCAACCGGGCGGUCUCGAGUUCCUACCGGGCAACGAUUACUACUUCAUCUCGACCUCGUCCAAGGACGAUCUGCAUAGGCGGAUAGGGGGGCGCUGUACCACCGACAACAUGAAGGUCGUCUUUAAGGUGUGCUGCGGUGAUGAUCAGCAGUCGCACCAUGGCCACCUACCCUCGAAUGGCACCGUUAUCGGAGGAGGAGGUAGUGGAGUGGAUGGUGGAACCGCUGCUGCCGGUGGUGGUGGUGGUGGUGCCGGGACCAACAACACCAUCUCGAUCGAUGCGUUCGAUCCGAACUCGCGGCUCCUGCCACCGGCCAUCAACACGAGCCAGGGAAAUAUCGUGCAGAACACGGUCAACUGGCCGGUGUGGGGUGAUGGCGGUAACCAGGGCAACAACAACAAUGGUGGCCACCCACAGCAACCGCACCAAACGAACCAGCAUCUGCCAGGGCACGGUGGUGGCCACCCGGGGCGACCGGGGCUUGCCGUGCCACCGAUCGGUGCCAACGGGCGCCACAAUCAUCACUACACCGCUUCACCGCCGCGCACCUCGAUGCCCGGUGGGGGUGGCAGUGGAGGUGGUGGCAAUGGGGGCGCGUACGGUAAUAGUAACAUUAAUAAUCAUAACUACAACAUAAACAGUCCACCGUCCAAUGCACACCCGGGCAGUAAGCCAACGAAGAAGACGAAGGAGUACGACAAGCAGCACCCGAACGAGGUGGUAAAGAACGAGGAGCUGACGUACAACAAUGGCGGUGGCCGGUUGGGCGGUAUGGUGGCAGCGCACGGUUCCCGAUCGCACCAUGCCCUCCUCGCCUGUACCUGCCUCCUGCUGCUCCUACUGUCCUCGUGCUCCUCUUUCUCCUUGAUCGGAUCGGGGGGAUCGUCGUCGUCGUCCUGGAGCAGAAGGCAGCAGCUCCGGCCCGGCAGCUGAGGGAAGCCAUCAUCGUCGUCGAUCGAGAGGAAGAGUUGCGGUUGCAGAACCGCAGGGAGCAGAAGGUGGAGGGACAGGAGCAAAAGCAGCCGAGGGAUCGAGGAAUGGCGGCAUGAUGGUGGUGCACGCAGGCGAUGCACCUCAUCGUCCUCGUCGUCCGUGAUGAUCGUCGUCUGAAGAGGUGAUGUCCCGUGUAUUCCCGGUAUACGUCCUCCCACCACCAUCACCAACCAACCACCCUUCUCUUCCUCUCCAUCUCGUCUGAUGUGUUGUUUUGUCCUCGGUGAGCGUCCUGGUACGCCCUCGGCGGGUGUUCCAUGCGACAUGGAACCGCGAUCGUGGGUCCCAGAUCAAAUAGUCAUAAACAGGAGCGAGGAGAGAAGGAGCGUUUUUUUUUCUAGGGGGACACUAACCACUACCACCACCACCAGAACGGCGUGAACGUACUAAGCGCGAAAGAUAUUCUUAUACAUAUAACUUGUAGGAUAAUUGAAAAUACCCCGCGCCAUCCACCCCUUUCGCUGAUGAUCGCGAUCGUCAUCGGUGAUUUUUCGUGGUGGUGGUGGUGGUGGCAGUAGCUCCCGAAACAAUGUGUAGUCCUGUAGUAGAGCGAGAGUGAUAUUAAUUUAAAUGAAACAAAUGGAAAACAAAACUAAUUCGCGAUAAAGUAAAAAAUCGGGGAACGCACCCUCCGCGCACCCCACUUAGAAGUGGGGGUGGGGCGGGGAAAUGUAGGAAAACUGUCUGUAUAAACAAAAACUGGAAGAAAGAGAAGGAAAAAACGGCGCGAAAAAUGGAUGGAUGGAAGAGGAAACUACUGACUAAGAAUCGGAAAAACGGAAAAAGAGGAAAACAGAAAAGGAAAAAAGAAAACUUGGAAAACGCCUAGAAAACAACAUUUAACCAAAAAACCAAUUGGCCUCGAAUAAUGAACAAGAAGAAUACAAUAAGAAAGCGAAGCGAAAAGGAACGUUGUGGAACGAUUGCGACGCGGUGGUAACACUUUGAUUAGAAUCCUGUCCACCUCCUGUACCCGUUCGCUCUCCAUUCCACCAUCAUCAGGUGGUGGAGGGAAGGGGAAGCUAGUGGGAUGGGAGGGACAGGAAAAAGAAAAAGAAACACAACAAGACUGACCUAAGAUCGCGCAGAAGAGGGCGCAUUCCUGCGCAAACCGCACCCGCACUCUAGCCAUUAUUCUGAGCAAGCUUUGAACUUGGUAAUGACGUCACAGCGAGAAAGAGAGAGAUAGAGAGAGAGAGAGAAAGAGAGGGCGACAGUAUCAUACACAGUAUAUGUAAUAGCGUUAGCCAGCUAGCCAGCCACCUAGCCAGCCACAGGUUUAUGAGUUGUCCUCAUAUCACACUUUCUUCUUAUCACACCACCACCCACCCACCCACCCACCCACACAGAAGUACAUACAUAACACAGUCAAUAGUCAGUACGAGCUCCGUGAGCAGCGAGAGCCGCCGCGAAAUAGGUUUAAAUGCGUGAGUUUGUGUUUCACAUAAGACCCCAGCAAGCAAGCAAGCAAGCAAAUCAGCGUUCUUAUCAGCAAUAUUCGAACCAACCGGAUUAACAACCCCUC